AUGUCCACAUUCACUGUCCCUGAAUUCAUCCCCGCAACAAGCGGUAUUUACAAGUUCUCUACCACCACCGAUACAGAGCAUGACGGACCUUCGAUGGGCUGGCUCAUUACCAACCAGAAGCUUGCCACCAGAUUCACUCAAAGCAAAUCCUCGACUACCCUAAAGGCGUCCGUCACAUACUAG